CAACAACCGACGUAACCAUUCGCGAUAAUGAUCAUCCAGCAAACCCAUGGUGGUUUGAUGGAGCUAUUCGUGGAGUUAUUCCCACUGGUCGAAUUCUUAAUUUCCCCAUAAACUUUUACCCCGCGAAAAUUAAACUUACUUUCCCCGUAAAGUAUAUCCCCGCUAUGGGGGAAGGGGGAACGUAAAUAUGAAAGAUCGUUAAAUCUAUCAAGGCAUCCCCAAAGCUUGGGAUUUUUGGUUAAUUCUCAGACUGUAUUUCCCGGUUCUAGGGAUUUAUUCGAUUGGAAGAAAGAAGUCAUGGCACGCCUUACCCCCCUCGCGAUUUUCUCCGCCCUCUCAUUUCUCAUCCCCUGGACCCAAGCAAUCCAACUCACAGCCUCCCUAGAAUACGGCACAUUCCAAGGCUCCUACUCACCAGAGUACAACAUAAGUUACUAUCGAAAAAUCCCCUACGCCGCCCCCCCCGUCGGCGAAAACAGGUUCAGAGCACCGCAACCCCCGAUCCCAAUUACCAAUGGCAUAUACGACUCCGAUCAGAGCUUUGACAUGUGUCCGCAGCGGACUGUCAACGGCUCAGAAGACUGCCUCUACCUAGGCCUCUACUCCCGCCCCUGGACGCCCUCGCAACCCCUCCGCCCCGUAGUAGUCGUCUACUACGGCGGGGCCUUCAUCCAAGGCAGCGCCUCCUUUACCAUUCCCCCCUCUGCCUACCCCGUCCUCAACGUGUCAGAAUCCAAUAAUAUCAUCUUCGUCUACCCCAAUUACCGGGUCAACACAUUUGGCUUCCUCCCCGGCCGCGAGAUCGCCGCCUCAAAGACUUCGGAUCUCAACCCCGGCCUCCUGGACCAGCAAGCAGCGCUGAUUUGGACUCAUAAGUAUAUUAAGCAAUUUGGCGGGGAUCCGAAGAAUGUCAGUAUUUGGGGACAGUCAGCUGGAGGUGGAAGCGUGGUGGCGCAGGUUAUUGCGAAUGGAGGCAAAACCCACCCCCCUCUCUUCACCAAAGCCCUGGCAUCCUCGCCGUUCUGGCCAAAGGCGUAUAAAUACAACGAACCAGAAGCGCAGGCUCUUUACGAUACGAUGGCGAAACUCACCGGGUGCGAGGGGAAGAACUCCUUAGCUUGUCUUAAAGCCGUUGAUGUCCAGACCCUCCGAGAUGCAUCGUUGAUCGUCUCGAGCAGCCACCAGUAUAACACCAGUUCCAACACUUGGGCCCCCGUCAUCGACGGAAAAUUCCUAACUCAGUCGCUAACCGACGCUACGAGGAAGGGGGAGGUGAAUAUCGAUUUUGGGUUCUCGAUGUACAACUCUCAUGAGGGGGAGAACUUCAUCCCCCCCGGACUCAAAAGCACAGCCAACGCCGGCACACCCCCCUUCAACUCGUCAACCGCCUCCUUCGAUGUCUGGCUCGGCGGUUUCCUGCCUAGGUUUUCAAAACAUGGUAUUCAGCGCGUUAAAACCUUGUACCCGGAAGUUGGAUCCACAGAGACGAUUUCGAGUUACAACACCACCUACGAGAGGGCGCAGCUCAUCUACCGCGACGUCGUUCUCGCCUGUCCCGCCUACUGGACGGCUGGUGCAGCGCAUAAGAAGAGUUAUGUGGGGGAGUAUACGAUUUCCCCCGCCAAGCACGCAAGUGAUACCAUCUACUGGAACCAAGUAAACGCGAUCCAAAAAUCCGAUCCGCUGAUCUACGAAGGCUACGCCGGAGCUUUCGCCAGUUUCUUCCAGACGGGGGAUCCGAACGCGCAUAAACUCACCAAUGCGAGCCAGCCAGGCGUCCCAGAGUAUAGGUCGACGGGGAAGGAGUUUGUGGUUGCCGAGGGGGGGUUUCAGAAUGUGAAGAUACGGGCGCUGAGGGAACGAUGCGAGUUCUGGAGGGAUUCGGCGAAGGAUGUGCCGUUUUGA